UCCUCCCCCACACCCCGGGCUCAGCUCAGCUUUUUAGCCGGUGAAAGCUUGGUCGGACAGCGCGGGUGCCAUUUGGCGCAGUAUUGAGCUACAUCCGUCGACAAAGGGCGCCCAGUUAUUUAUUUACCGUCGCAUUUGUGAGUUUUAUUUGAUACAUUUUGCCGUACAAGCGUUUCACCAUGAGCUCAAUUAACGUCAAGAAGCUGAAAGUGAACGAGCUGAAGGACGAGCUGAAAAAGCGUAAUCUUUCGGACAAGGGGCUGAAGGCCGAGCUGAUGGACCGCCUGCAGGCCGCGCUGGACGAGGAGGCCCUGGCCGGAGACUCGCUGGGCCAAGAAGCCGGGACGGACGACGGUGCCGGCCAUGCAGCCGACCAGGAGGGCAUGGGAGAGGAAGAGGAAGGCGAGGGCCCGAUAGAAGAAAGCAUGGAGGCCAACGAGGAAGAAGAGGAGGAGGAGGAGGGAGACGAGCCGGAAAAUGGGGGCGACGGUGAUGGCGUUGACGAAGAGAUGGGUGAGGGGGAAGAGGAUGGAGACGAGGACGACGAGAUGGAUCCCAUGCUCAAAGGAGAUGUCGACGACAUGGAGAAAAUAGAUACGGAGGACGGUGAGCCCGCGGACCAGGCUGCUGAGGGGGAUGCGGACAAAGACACGAAUGCUGAUCAGAAGAAUAAGAAGGGUGUUAAGAGACGCCGGGAGGAACAUGGAAGGGGCUACUUUGAAUUUAUUGAAGAGAACAAAUACAGCUGGGCCUCAUUUAAGUCUCCUGUGCCACCCCUGGAGGAAGAAGAUGAGGAGUUUGAUGACACAAAAGUCUGCCUGGAUACCUACAACUGCGACCUGCACUUUAAGGUGUCACGGGACCGCUACAGUGCCUCAUCUCUCACAAUGGAGAGUUUUGCUUACCUCUGGUCCGGAGGCAAGGCCACCUACGGAGUGAACAAAGGGAAAGCCUGCUUUGAGAUGAAGAUUGCAGAGAAAAUCCUGGUGAAGCACAUUUCCAACAAGAACAUGGAGAUUUAUGACGUGCAGGUCGGCUGGUCCCUGUCCACUGGCAACCUCCUCCUCGGUGAGGAGGAGCAUUCUUAUGCAUACUCUGGAAAAGGCAAGAAGACCACCAACUGUGUGACAGAGGACUUUGGAGAAACCUAUGAGGAGAAUGAUGUCAUCUGCUGCCUUAUUGACUUUGAGGGGGAUGAGGUGGUGAUGUCCUUCUCCAAGAAUGGAGGCGAGCCGGCUGUCGCUUUCCAAGUCAACAAGAACACUCUGAACGGCCAGGCCCUUUUCCCACACGUCAUCUGCCACAACUGUGCCGUGGAGUUCAACUUUGGCCAGAUGGAGACUCCGUACUUCCCUCAGCCCCAGGGCUACACCUUCCUGCAGCAGAUCCCUGUGGAUGACAGAGUGCGGGGACUCAAGGGGCCACAGACCAAGGCUGACUGCGAGAUCAUUGUGAUGGUCGGCCUGCCAGGCUCAGGGAAGACUACAUGGGUUAAGAACCAUGUCCAGGAGAACCCUGGAAAAUACUACAUCCUGGGUAGUGACACCAUUGUGGAAAAGAUGAUGAUCAACAGUCUGAAACGCCAGUCCAAGGACAUUACAAAACUGAAUGCCAUUUCCCAGCGAGCACCACUUUUCCUGGGAAAGUUUAUUGAGAUUGCUGCCCGCAAGAAGAGAAACUACAUCCUGGAUCAUACUAACCUGUCUGCCCCGGGCCAGAAGAGGAAAAUGUGCUUGUUUGCAGGCUACCAGCGUAAGGCUGUGGUGGUCUGCCCCUCUGACGAAAGCUACCAGGAGAGAGUCCAGAAGAAGGUUGAGAGUGACGGCAAAGAAGUGCCUGAGCACGCUGUCCUCAAAAUGAAAGGCUUCUACUCUCUGCCUGAGGAGGGGGAGAGCUUCAACGAAGUCGUCUAUGCUGAGCUGCAGAAAGAGGAGGCCGGCAAGCUGCUGGAACAGUACAAAGAAGAAAGCAAGGCCGCUCUGCCAGCUGAGAAGAAACCCAACCAGGGAAGCACAACACCAAAGAGAGGUGGUGGCUUGCGUGGUGGUGGCCGGGGAGGCAAGAACCAGUUUGGCCGUGGUGGUGGACCUGGACAGAGAGGUGGUGGCCGUGGAGGCUUCCAGAACAGAGGCAACUUCAGAGGAGCUCCUGGCCCUCGCGGCAGCUUCAGCCGACCACCUCGCGGCUUCCUGCCUCCCCCAGCCUACAGAGGAGGCUUCCAUAACCGUGGAAACUUCAGCCGGGGUGGUGGCCCCAUUCCCAGCCUGGGCGGAUCCCCCAGGGGCGGACCAAUGAGGGGUAACAUGGUACCUAGAGGGGCACCCAUGAGCAGAGGUGGCCCAAUGAACAGGGGGAACAUGAGCAGAGGAGGCGCAGCCAACAUGCAUCGUGGCGGAGCAAGGGGACAUCACAACCAGUUUCAGCCGAGAGGCGGUAGCCGUGGCAACUUUGGCAACUAUGGAAACAAGAAUGGUAACUUUGGUAACAACAGGAACGCUGGUAACUAUGGCAACAGGAACGGCAUGGACAAGGCCCAAGCCUUCAACCAGAGCUGGCAGCAAGGGUUCUGGAACCAGAAGCCAUGGAGCCAGCAUUACCAGCCUGGAUAUUACUAAGACACUUGUUGUGACGGACUGGUGGCCGACACUGAGACCCACCGCUAGCCACGGAACAUCCCUCUACCCCGCUUUUUGAUUUUUCUUUCUUUUCCCUGAACCCACUUUUAACAAUCUAAAACCCACCAACUGACAAUGAACGACUAACACGAUUUGGAGCAACAACAUUCCACAUCAGAGGGGGAGACCAGACGACCUGAGUGUAACUGAAGCUUUAUAUAUCUAAUAUACUCGUGUACAUCGUGGGUUCGGUCUCAUUUGAUCAUCAGUUUAUUUUUGUUGUAUAUUUCAUUCUAAUUUUUUUUCCACCACUUUUAAAUGACGUGCUUUUAAAAGGAAAUCUCAUGUUUGUAAUAUCAGGAGACAGAAACAUUUCCCGGCAGAUGUUGAGAGAUUUUUUUUCAGGGUUGUGCAUUUUAUCUGUGCUGUGAUUUUUUUUUUUUUUUUUUUUUUUUUUUUUUAAUUAUUAUUUUGCUUUUUUUUGUUGCUUUUUUUUAAAAUUACAAAUUGUAAAUAUUUUUUUCUUUCGCGUAGUUUGUAUGGGAAGUUCAAAAAACAGUAAUGAUUGAAAGGAAACUUGGCUUUAUAGCGAGACGCAUGGUAGCUGAUUAUAUUGUUAGGCUUUACAUGUCAUUAGAGUCUGCUGUCAAACAGUUUAAAGCAAAGCAACAAGAUGAUUUUGUCUUUUGUUCCCAGUAUCAAACCUGUAACCUAAACUCCAUAGACCUACAAUAAACAACUCGUUGGCUUUUUUACAUUC